AUGGCCGAAGCGAUCGGCCUGGUCGCAAGUGUCUUGCAAUUGGCAGGGACAGGUUUGAAGCUUUCACAAGCUUUGUAUCAGUAUGCCGACAGUGUGGCGACGGCUGAUCGUAGGAUCAGGGAUGUUGCGAAAGAGAUCAAGCUUACGAGCUUCGUCAUUGAGGAAUUGGGCGGCAUUUUCAAGCAAGAUGAUACCUUGAGCCUGAUUUCGAAGAGUGCUAUUGCGACAGCAAACGAGACUCUAAACGAAUGUUCUACAAUGUUUGGAGAAAUUGAAGCGACUUUGAAUAAGAGCAAAAAGGGAAAGAUGGGCCGACUAAUGCUGCCAUUCCGAGAACCCAAGAUUGAGCUGCUGCGGAGUCACAUCGACAAACUCAAGAGCACCCUGCAACUUCUAAUGCAGGUACUGAUGCAUGCAUUUCAUGUAUCUUCAAAAAAGCUUGACCGCGAAGCCGAGGCAAGACAACGAGAGGAGAUUCGACAGCUACUGGAAAACAAAAAGAACACUACAAAGAGAUAUGAGGAGUCAUUGCAAAGAUUCAAGACGAGCGAUAGCAACACUGAACUUGAGGAUGACGAGAUCUCCUUUGAUGACAAUGGAUCUGUUUCAACUCUGGUCGCCAAAUCGAUCGGCUCUACGAUGACUUCUGAUUCUCUUGCAGAAUGCGCUCAGCACGUCCGGACCCUCUUGGAAAACAUCGAACGACUGCAACAAGCUCUGGCGAAUGCAUCUGAAGGAGAUGACCAAUCGGACGAUCAUCAGAUGGUCAUUGGAUCUUACUUUGCUGCUCGCUCCCAUCUCGACACUAUCCUGCUUGGUAGCUCGAGCACGAGGAGUAAAACCGUGAUGCUGAAAGCGGAAAAUCACAUCAACGAAGAGGCUCUAUUCCGAACAUCCAAACCCAAAACAAUCUCAGUGGGCAAAGAGAAAAAAGAAUCCAUUAUUGCAAUUGAGACAGGGGCAGAGGAGAAAGUUGAGGAGCGCGUGAAGCAGGAGAAAAUCCCAAUGCGACUGCAAGGAACAAAGAGGCCGAAUGAGGGCAUAGCCUACGUGCAAAGACCAAAGAGCUCACGUCAACAUAUUUCCGAUACACUUUUUGGCAGCAGUAAACCGCAUGCUGGGGGCGAUGAUCAGUUACGCUACGGCACCAGUCCAUUUUCAUGUUUGUCAGACCAUCAGGGGCGGAUCCAGACUUUUGGUUCUGCAUCAGCUUGGGAGUAUUCCUAUCAUUAUUCCAUGUCACCAAACCCCCCAGAGAAGGAGGAGAUAUGUGUAUCUGUACCUCGCUCGCCAGCAUAUGCGCCAGCUCUUUCUUCACCAGCAUAUUCGCCAGCAUCUCCGCCACAUUCGUCACCCGUUCCCUCGCCAGCAUACGCACCAGCUCUUUCCUCACCAGCACAGGUCGAAUUUGCGAAGCCGUCAUCGGAAUCAGUGUCUGAAGGGGACGACGAGGUAGAUGAGUUGCUCAAAGAAUGGACUACCUGUUUCGCAUAG